AUGCGAGGCGUCCAGAUAUUCUCAGGGAAUUCCCACCCUCGUCUCGCAGAUACUAUCUGCGAGCGGUUAGGCACUGUGCCUGCCAAAGCUAACUUGGGGAAAUUUGCCAAUGGCGAGACUAGUGUCAACAUCGGUACCUCGGUGCGGAAUCAGGAUGUUUACAUCAUCCAGAGUGGGAGUGAGAAGAUUAACGACAGUGUUAUGGAGCUCCUGAUUAUGAUUUCAGCGUGCAAGGGUGGCUCAGCGAAGUCGAUCACAGCGGUCAUGCCAUAUUUCCCAUACUCGCGCCAAUCUAAGAAGAAGAGUCAUCGCGGUGCUAUCACGGCCCGCAUGCUCGCCAACCUCCUCACGAUCGCCGGCGUGGACCAUGUGAUCACUAUGGACCUGCACGCAUCCCAGAUGCAAGGAUUCUUCGGAAAGCCGGUCGACAACCUCUUUGCCGAACCGUUCAUUGCUCGCUGGAUCCGGAUGAAUGUUCCCGGCUGGAAAGAUGCAGUGGUGGUUAGCAAGAACGCUGGCGGAACCAAGCGUGUCACCUCACUGGCCGACACCUUGAAGCUUAACUUUGGUAUUGUGACGACAGAUCGUCGGCGCCCGAAAGUCCAGGUGGCUACUAUGUCUGACAGCACUGUCUUCUUCGAUGCUGUGGAUGAGGAUUCACGCACAGCCAGGGAAGCACAGCCCUUUGAGCUUCAUCUGCACACCCAGUAUCUUCUGCGCCCAGAGACCCCACCUGCGGCUCGCCGCCUGUCAGAGCUGGAAGCAGCUUACGAGUACACUGACGUGCGUGUACGGGAUGUGAUCACCGGUCGUCUGGUACAGGGCCAAUUGGUUGAUGAUGAUUAUCGUACCAACGAAGACUCGCAGUCUGGAGACACCACACCGGGAGCUGGAAGCAGUGGCCAUGACAAUACAGAGGCCAUUACUGAUGCUAUGGCUAACUCUAUGAUCUCCAACCCCUCGUCGCAGCCUCCUGACCAUGCACUUGGUGGCUCCUUUGAUGCAGUUGAGUCUGACGAUGAUGAAGCCAGUGUCUGUGGCCAAACCGAUGAAAGAACCAUCACGCUGGUGGGUGAGGUGCGCGACCGAUCCGUCUUCAUUGUCGACGACAUGAUUGACAAAAGUGGAUCGUGGAUUGCGGCCGCCGAGACUGUUGUCAAGCGCGGUGGAGCCAGUAAAGUCUACUGCAUUGCGACUCAUGGAUUGUUCGGGGAAAAUUCCCUGGACCAGAUGGAAGCCUGCCCUUCGAUUGACCACAUCGUCGUGACGAACACUUUCCCGAUCUCACCGUCGAUUUUGCGGCGAUCAAAGAAGUUGAUUGUCAUUGACAUAUCAAGUCUAUUGGCAGAGAGCAUUCGGAGGCACCAUUAUGGCGAAAGCGUCUCGGCUCUCUUCCACCUUAACGACUGA